CGUACAUUUGUCUUCUUAGUGUGUCUUCGCCUCUUUUCUCCUGCCACAACGCCCCCGAAUAGCGUGAAUUGUUCUCAUCAGCCAAUAACGGCAACAAAGCCUAACAGAAAGGCCGAGUGUGACGUGACAAUAUACUCAAGUGGUCCCAAUCGAAGCCUGUGCAUUUUCCCGAGUCGGAGGGUCAAAAGGACUUGUUUAAACAGGCGCGAAAGUAUGUAAAAUCUCCCUCCUGUAUGUAUGUUGCGCCAGCCUGUCCCUCCAACUGGGGAGGAAUUAACGUAUGUCGGAGAUGACGACUCUGAAUUCUUUCGCCAUGUACAUGGUCGAUCGCUGAACACUUUGAACACGUCCUAUUUGCUUCCCUCCGAUCGCGACGAAGUCAAGCGUUCUGAAUACCACCAUCGGAUGCUCAAGUUCGUGUUUGGCGGCCAAAAUUAUGUCGGUCCCGUAAGAGAAGCCUUGCAGUUCGGACAACAGCGUCGAGUUCUUGAUUUAGGAACAGGAGGGGGUCUUUGGGCCAUAGAAAUGGCAGACGAAUUUCCUCGCGCAGAAGUCAUUGGUAUCGACUUGGCCCCAAUUCAGCCCCGCGAUGUCCCGCCCAACUGCACCUUUGAACUUUGUGACUUGGACCAACGAUCCAUUCCUUACCCAGACGGUUAUUUCGAUCUCAUUCAUGCUCGCUCGAUGUUUAUGGGGAUACAUAAUUACCCUCGAUUCUUGCGUGAAGUCUCGCGUCUGCUCCGCCCUGGCGGUCUGGUCAUUCUUAUAGAACCAGACCUCACCCCAACCAUUGAUCCCUCUUCACCAGCUGUCUCCUCUCAACCCGACGCAUCGGGCUGGUUCACCUUUUGGGAAACAUAUCAUACUUGCCUCCGUCGCCAGAGAAUAGACCCUACUGUCCCGCAACGCAUGGCAGAUCUGCUUGUCUCUACCGGAAUGUUUGAAAAUAUUGUUAGACGGGAAGGCAACAUUCCAGUCGGUUCUUGGCCUAGGGAGCCUGUAGCUUUGACUGUUGGACAGCUGCAAUGGAUGGAUUACGAGCUGUUGCUUCCGGCCCUACGUCCCUUUUUUCUUACUGUUGGACUUCCGGAGACGACAGUUAGAAGCCUCGUAGCGGAUGCCCAACACGACCUAUACCACCCUUCUGUAAACUUAUCAUGUCGUAUCAACAUUGUCCACGCCUCGAAGCGCCUGUAGCUCGUCAUUAUAAAGUAUCAUAUGCAUUUAUUAUCUACUUACGGACCAUAUACCGUUACUUAGGUUCUGCCUAAUAAUGCAUCAGCAACCCACCACUUGCGGUGGUGGUGGUGGUGUCCUGAAAUCCAAUAUCAC